AAUCACUGAAGUUACAGGGAGGAAAAAGUUUGUUCACCUGAGCCUCCCCAAAAAGGUGGCCCUGACAAUUCUAAUCCCGAGCAUCCGUCUUCCCUCACCUCUGCGCUCGGGGUCGGCCGAGGCUCUCAGAGUCCCAGGCUGUGAGACAACGCCAGGCCAGGCUUUUAUCCCCCUUCAAGUCCCAGACUGAUGUGUUUAUGCUGCCAGAGCAUUAAGUCUAAAGUUAAAACAGAAGAGUGAAGUUUUGCCCAAGUGCUGAGGUGAAAUCAUUUGAACCGAGACAAUGAUAGAGUGGAAAUGACUGGUGUGGCAAAGGACAAAGAGAGGAAGGAGAUGGGAGGUAGAAGAAAGGACAUAAAGAAUAGAGAAAAAUGUUCCCCUUGUAAGACACCAACGACUGUGUCUCCUUGACUCUGAGUGCUGUCUACUCGCUCAUCUGUGUAUGUUACAAACCCCACCUCCCCCAGUACUUCUCCCCUCCCCUCCCCUCCCCUCCUGUCUCAGUCUUCGGCCAAGGAAUCUCAGGCAGCGUUUAAUUGCAGAGUGCAAAAGGCUUUAGUAGGGCUAAUGAGCUCAGCACUGGUGCUGGGACUCUUCCACGAACUCUCUGACAGGCAGAAAAACCAUAUGGAGUCCUUCACCGGAGGAGCCUCACCGGACGGCUGGAUUUUAGGUGGAGGGGAGAGAAGGAAUCCGUGAAUUCAGGUACAGCCGACAAUGUUUGAGAAAAUAUACCAGAGGCAGAAGACGGAGUAAGAGGUGGAGAGAGAGAGGAGAGCGGGAGAGGGGAGGGGAGGAAACGGGAAACACACAGCCAGAGAGAGAGAGAGGGAGAGAGAGAGAGAGAGAGAGAGAGAGAGAGUGAGUAGAAGCCUGCAGCAGCAAAUGAGACAGAACAACGAGGCGGGAGAGGUAGAAAGAGAGAGAGAGAAGGAGGGAGGUGGAGUGGGGCCCCAUGUAGGAGAGAGGGCUAGAGGGUGAGGAAGAAGAAGAAGGAGUAGAGAAAAAGUUAGAAGAAGUAGGAGAAAAAGAAGGACCAGGAAAGGGAAAGAACGAGCAGAGCAGAGAUUAACAACUACAGGAGAGCAGCAGAAGGGAAACAACAGACAGGAAGGAAGGGGAGGGAGAAGUCUUGGGUAGAGAGGAAAAAAAGAGCUGAAGAAAAAGUUUUCUUGUGGGAAGACGCAGAUGAGGAAAACAGAGCGAGUGAAUGACUGGGCUGGAGAGAGCAGGGACAGGAGGAAACCAGUUCUUUUCUAAGGCGUUCUCCACACAAGCCGUCUUUGGACAUGUACACAGAAACAACGGGACACCAUCGAUUCCUCCAGCAUGUCAACACCUCCACCCCCUGCUCCUGCCAGCACUGCGUCCACUAUGAGAAGCCAUUCCACCAUCACGCUGGGCUUGGAUACCCACCAGCAGGAUCAGCCAGACAGACGGACCACCCAUCUCUGGACUGCAGGAGAGACAUCCAGGCUCCUCGGGUUAAAGACGUAGGAGGGAGAGCUUUCUUAGUGGACGGGUUUGAGAGAAGCGGUCAUCGCAGCCCACAGAGGAGGCCUGUGUUUGUAGGGCCGGGCCCUCACAGCCAGUCAGGAGACGACUUGAGCCAAGUUCGCCCCUGGGAGCUGAACCCUGCCCAGUGGAGCUACCCGCCGGAGCCUGGGGUGAGACACUAUCCAUCUGUCAGGGAACAGUGUGGCUGUGUGGUGCGCGGCGACUCUCGGACACACCCCUUUAACGCUGGGAUACCACAUCCUCUCCCUCAUCUUCAGGUCAAAGAUCAAGGAUACAGGCACAGAAGGACUAUCCACUACAUCUCAGUGGACGAAGAGCAGGAAACCUGUAGAUGCAACUAUCAUUUGGAGCAGCACAAUGACAAUGUGGGUCAUUCUAGCAUGCCCAAUGGCCACUGUGGACCGAGGCCUGUGUUCUUUGAGGGAGGGGAGGAAAGAGAUAGCCAUCAGGACCGGGGACGACUGAAGGGUGGAUCAGAGGAGGGCUGUAAUGGACGUGAAGUCUCUCAUAAAGGGUUCUUCCCCACUGAAGUCCCACAAAAACAGUUAAAGCAAAGCAGACAGAAGGGGCCCUACAUCCCUCCCUCUGGCAUCACAAGCACAGAGCCCUCCAAGUCGAUAACAACCAACGAAGACCAGCAACAGCAGCCGGGUUCGGAGGUGGUGAAGCAGAAGAGGCGUCAGGAUUUGGUGAGGGAUCAGAUCAGACAAGUGGUGACGGAUCUGGAGGAUGUGUUGGGUGGGCUGAAGCAAGUUCACGUGGAGAUGAAAGAGGUGGUCGAGCAGAUCGAUCGUCUCACAGCGAAUAUCGACCUCAGUGAGGAGGCACCCUGCAUCACUCAGGGGUCGUCUGCUAACUUUCCCGGCUCAUUCCAACCAGAUGACCUCAGGGUGGUUCUUGUGCCCAAUCACAAACCUGCUCCUGUACAAACUUCGCAACAAGUCGAUGAAGACCGCAUCAUCUUAAGGACCAACUCUCCCUCGCCCAUUCACAUGGCUUCUGUGGUCAAGACCAGCCGCUUUACUCCACCAGUACAAAAUAAGGACCAUGAGAGGCCAGGUGUUAAUGGCCACCUGCCUCACCUGUACCCACUCAAAGACUCGAACCAUGUUGCACAAACACAGCCAGACCCCCACCCUCACAGCAUCGACCCUAAAGUAAUUAUCGGUAACAGCACCUCCAAUUCAAGAACUCAGAAGCCACCUUUGUACCCUCAAAAUGGGCGGUGUGGAAAAGGCCCGCACCUGCCCCCAAAAACCGUAAGGACCUCUGCCUACCAGGGGGGGAGGGGCCGCCAGAGUGCCAGCAUCGUGUGAAGGAGGGAGGGGUGGUCUGCCCCGGUGCCAUGGGGGCCUGAAACAUGAGACCCUGCAGCAGUGAGUGGAGGUCAGAGAGGGACCAGGCAGGGGAACAACUCAUGCAGGAGCUGAUGCCACUGAGACGAGCUGUCAGCCGGCGGAAACGGAGCACGGCCUGAAGGUGGGGGUAUUUCCAAAGGGAAAACUCCCCCAAGAGUCGACACAUGACUGUAUGUCACACACGCACAGGAGCAUUGAGGAGUGGAAGACAAACCUCUCUGGAGAAUAUCUGCUAUUUUUGCUGUUACUGGUGAUGUAGCGUCAAAAUAAAAAUGUGAACUGCUGCUCAGCAACCACCAGUAUAAACAAAAAGGUAUCGUUCAUGAAAGCAUUAUUUAUUUGUACUAUUUUAUAUUGCAGAGACUUCUAUUUUCAGGCAGCUUACACCACAUUGGAUACUACCUAACCUCAUGUAUGCUAUCUUAGGAUUUACUGUAUAUAUUCUGCAUCAUUGUAAAGAUAUUUUGCAAAUAAAGAGUUUAGACUGCC